GGUCGUCUGUAGGUCAUGUUGCUGGUGAUAUAUUAUUUAGUGGUGGUCCACGUUUUACCUUCUGACUCCCAGUUUGAUGGAUGUCUGCGGAAACGGUUCAACUGCAUUGCCGCUAAGUUUAAGGGGGAGUUUACACAAUCGGGUGUUCACCUGACGAACAGCACGGAGAAGGUGUUCUAUGACGAAGACAGAAGAAUGGUAGCGAGAGAAGAGUCUGGACAAACGGACGGACAACCGUUCCUGACAUUCCGACUCUACGACUAUCCCAACAACACACUAUAUGACGUGGUCACAACUGAUGGCAAAGAGAAAUGUGUGAAACGGACAUUGGAAGGACCUUUCAAGAAAGUCUGCAUGCCAGAUAACAGACAGUAUAUAUGGGCGAAGUCUCCGCUAGGGGACAUGAUCCCCACCUACAGGUGUAAAUGGGAGGAUGGCAACCUGACCACUGAACUCACCUACUCCUACACCAUGCAACCAGUCCUACUGGACACGUAUGGCACCGACCAGGACGGAGUGUCUGUGUUUGAGACGGUAUGGGUCCAGAACAUCACAGACAAAGCUGCCGGUGCUGACAUCUUCACUCCUCCUCCAAGCUGUGAGGAUGAAGUAUAUCAAAGUAGCCCCGAGCCCCACAGAAAGAAAAUGGGAUACCUGUCAUUUUGAGUAAAUACAAGGAGAGGGCUACAUACAUGGAUCAUGUAAUAAAUAUUCUAUCAAAUCACAACAUAUUACAGAAACCAUUUCAUGAACUGGAGCGAGCACAUUAGCAAGGGUUGGAAUGUCGAAUUUGGUGGACCGGAUGUAUCCACUGGUGAUAAUAAAACACGUCAGUGAGAACGCUGAACAAGCAAA